UAGUGAGAGAACGUGGCCUCAGUGUAAAUAUUGUUACUAGAGUCUAUUCCAUGUUGUUCUUGAACGUCAUUUGUAUUUUAAUCGUAUUAAUUGUAAAAUUGUAUUAAUAAAAAAGAAAAAAAAACAACGUGAAAAUAAAUUUUUGUGCUUGAAACGACAUAAAAAUAUUAUCCAAUAUUUCGUAAUCUAUAAUGAAUAUUUUACAUUUAUUACUUUGAGGACUAUAAAUAAUUCAAAUAAAACGAAAUGGCUACAGAAAUGGGAAAGAAGCAGAUUAUACAGGCUGUUGUCCUUGCAGAUGACUUUGUAAUGAACUUGAUGCCUGCAGAGACUAUAUUUCCAACAAUAUUAAUGCCUCUAAUAAAUGUUCCACUAUUGGAUUAUUUAGUGGAAACUCUAAUUAAGUCGAGGGUGCAAGAAUUAUUUCUUUACUGUAGCAACCAUGUAGACUUAAUAAGAGCAUAUAUAAAACAGAAGAAAUGGCUUCAUAUAUCAGUUUCUUUAAUUGUAUCAGAUGCUUGCACUUCUCUUGGAGAUGCUCUCAGAGAUAUUGAUACAAAAGGUUCCAUUCGUGGUAAUUUUAUACUUAUUAGAGGAGACGCAUUUAUUAAUGCCAAUCUUACAAAUCUUUUAAUUAAACACUGCGCAAAGUUGAAAGAAGAUAAAGGUGCAGCCAUGACCAUGGUAUUAAGAAACAUUGGCUCUAUGAAUGGAUCUUCUUUAAGGCAGGAAUCAUGUUUGGUAGUUUCUGACAAAAGUAGUAGAAAGAUUUUACAUUAUAAUGUAUUAAGAAAAGAUUUAAAUAAAGUAAAGUUGGAAUUAGAUUGGUUUUUGAACCAUAAUGAAAUUGAAAUUAAUACCUGUUUCUUGGAUAGUCAUGUUUAUUUAUGUUCUCCUUCCGUGUUACCAUUAUUCUCUGACAAUUUUGAUUUCCAAACAAUGGAAGAUUUCAUUCGAGGAGUGCUAAUGAAUGAAGAAAUUUUAAAUUCUCGAAUAUACUGGCAGCAAUUAGAUCCACAGGAUUAUAGUCUGCCGAUUGUAUCAUGGAAUGCAUAUCAUUGUCUUAACCGAGAUAUCCUGAACAGACAUACUUUUCCACUUACACCAAAUGCUAUUCCAUUUUUAAAAGAUUUUAUUUACAUGCCAAGAAGCACAUAUAAACAUAGAAGUGCUACACUUGCUAAAGGUUGUAUAUUAGAGAAAGAUAGUAUAUUAUGCCAAAAUAGUACACUUGGGAAUAAUACUUUAGUGGUAAAAGCAGUUAUUGGAGAUCAUUGUUUAGUAGGCUCUAAUGUAACAAUUAAGAAUUCUUACAUUUUCUCGGAUAAUAAAAUUGAAGAUAACUGUACCAUUAUAAAUAGCGUAAUAUUUUCAAAUUGUUUCAUUAAACAAAACACAAGAAUAGAUGGAUGUAUAUUAUGUCCCAAAACGAUUAUUUAUACUCCAAUGGAGUAUACUGACUCUAUCAUAGAAUCAAAAGAUGACAAAAUUUCUACAAAAACAAUAUCAGAAAUUGAUCCAUGUAAUGAAUUUCAUCUCUUUAAAAAUUAUGACAUGCUGGAAAACGAUAAUAAUGUACAUACAAACACAGAUACAUCAAGUAUUGAUGAAGCUUCUGAAUGUAAUUUACCAGCUACAGAUGAUAUAAGCAUGUUUUUAUCUGAAGUCAUUGAUAGUUUAUUAAGAGGCUUCCAAGAUCAACUUAAGUGUGAAAACUUAAUUUUAGAAAUAAAUUCAUCUAGAUACGCAUAUAAUGUUACUAUGGAUGAAGUAACAUAUAACGUUAUUAAAGCCAUAUUAAGUUUACCUCUACAUUAUCUUUCAGAAGAGAAAGAAACUAUAACUAGUAUAGACUAUCAUAGAAAUUUAAAGCGUGUGAUAACAUAUUUUUAUCCAAUUAUAUUGAAUUAUGUUAAAACAGAAAAUGCACAAAAUGACUGUUUACAUGCAAUAGAAGAGGUUGCAAGUACAACUCCAGAAUUGUUAUCAUGUUUGCAAGUUUUGUUGCAUAUGUUUUAUGAUAAAGAUAUAUUAUCAGAGGAAAAAAUUUUAGAAUGGUACAAAUCUAACGAUAAACACAUAGAGUCAUAUGAGAAGAACAAAGUGAGAGUUGCAGUACAACCAUUUAUUAAAUGGUUAGAGGAAGCUGAAGAAGAUUCUAGUGAAAGUGGAAAUGAUUAAUUGUACAUUAACUUCUUCAAUAAUUUGAAAAAGGCAAAAUAGUAUCGAUUAAGUUAUGCCAAGCUUGAUGACGAUGGUCUGGAAAUUUGAUUACGUCUAUCCAAUGUCGUAAUCGUGCUCCUUUGCUAUUACAACUUAACUCAAGUCCACCUAAAUAAAAGUAA